AUGGAAGCAGCAAAUGUGAAAAUUAGGAGUACAAAUAAAAAAGCCCAGGACAUGACCAGGAGCCCAGAACCGGGAAUGGCGCAGCAGCUGUCGCCCGACAGACCAGAGGGAAGCGCGACAGGUUUCUGCGCCUUCCGGCCCUGGCUCCAGGGUUCUCCGGCCGCCACCACGGACACCAAACCAGAAGAAAACAGGAGUUGCAGUCCAUCAUCUACGACUCCGGCAUCGCCAGAGGAAACUCCGCCCUCCAGAACUCCUCCUGCUAAACGAUUGGUUGAGAGUCCAGAACGCGCGGAGACCCCACCCAUGAAGAAAAAAGCGUACAGUCCAGACAUAAAACAUGAUAGCAAUGUAAUUAUUGAUAAUGCCUCAGCUAAAAUGCACCAUGGGCUUUUGAUUGACACUCCCCAUCCACAAUUUUCUCCUUAUGUUCUGAGCGCGCUUAGUAUGCUCCGCCCACACGCAAACCCGGAAAUUCUGCUCCACCCUAGCCAAGACAUAUGGGCGGGGAUGCAGUUCCAGGGAGGUAUUAUACCGUUGGACAAGAAUAAAAUCCAAAUGCCACCUUUCUGGGGUGUUGCACCAGGUCCUCAGGCUUUUUUUCCUGAUCAUAUCUUCGGCAAGUCAGCAUCUUUACUGCAACAUCACAUUCAACUGCAACAGCACCACCAACGCCAGCUGCAACAACAGUUUCAACAGCAGCAGCAGCAGCAACAACAGCAGCACCAAGCAGCGCUUGAAAAAGCUGCUCGACACCAACCAGACCUACCCACCCCUCACCUUCGACCUCCCACAUUCGCAGCCAGAGCCCCACACCAUCCACAUAAUAUUUUACUCCCCAACCCGAGUCCUCUAUCCCACCUUCAGCAAGCUCUCCCAGCCCCUAACAACCCAAUUUCUAUUGCCCAACAAACCCUGCAUCCACCUCUAGCACCUCCCCUUGCUCCAGGUCCCGCCCCUCUUUCAAACCACGCCCACCACAACCCUACCUUCGAGCAGAAGGGUUGUUUCGAGUGUGUCAAAUGCUCCAAGCAGUUCAGCACUCCGCACGGUUUAGAGGUGCACGUGCGUCGCACUCACUCUGGCCGGCGGCCGUACGCCUGUGACAUCUGCAAUAAGACGUUCGGACACGCUGUCAGUCUGACGCAACACCGGUCAGUGCAUACGCAGGAGAGGUCUUUUCAGGUGAGUGAGUCUCUCUCUCUCUAUUAUUCCAUCAAGUUUUGUCUUCGCUGUGGUAUCACAGACCGUUACUUCCGUAGCCAACGAGAACUCUCACUUUUCACUUUGCCAAUUUUAAAAAACUUAAUCCUACUCCUCUUUUUUCCUCUCUCAGGAGAAAAGCCAUAUAAGUGCACACACUGCAGCAAGGCAUUCAGUCAAUCCUCCAACCUCAUCACCCACUGCCGCAAACACACUGGUUUCAAACCCUUCACCUGCACGCGAUGCGGGCGAGCGUUCCAGCGGAAGGUGGAUCUGCGACGUCACACAGAAACACAACACGUGCAGGACGACAUAACGUCAGAGAGGCCUGGAAGUCCCACCGAUGGACCCUCUCAUAAUCCUCUUUCCACACCUCAUGCGAAACAAGCCACACAGACCAGGAACGUGUUACCUGCGGGAGACCACCUCAAAGACUCUGACUCCGUACUUCUGUUUUCUCGGGGUAAAGAUUCUGGAGCGAACUGGAGCCCAAACAACACUCAAAGAGACCCCGCAACUGGAGCUCCAACAACUUUGUCCACUCAGGAACCCUUGCGUAUCGAUACUCAACAACAGUCUGAUCUCAGCAAACCACGUGAAGAAUCGGAGCGGGAGAAAACCCAUGGCAUCGACUACAGUAAUAAAUUCUCCAAUCCGUUGCGUAGUCCCGUGGAGUCAAGACAAGAAUCUCUAUCAGGGUCACUUGGUGCAAUUGGAAGUAUCCCUGAUGUCCAAACAUCUUCGUACACUUCCCCACAAAGCCACCGCAAUCCCGUCAAGACCGAGAGCCCUGACUCUGGUAUCGGUCUUCUUGGACCCUCAACUCCGGAUUCCUUCGAUUCCUCUCGAAAUUUUGAGGAACUGGAAGGAACCGGUAAUGUAGGUUCUGACGAUGACAAGAUUCGCUUCUCUACUAACAACUCUCACAGUAGGCACGAAUCAGGCCAUUCCACUCGAAAAAACUGGCAAUACGAGAAUUCGGCGGCUCAAAAUGGCGAACACGCAAUCCUGGCUAACCGUCCAGAGUUGAAGGAAAUAUACAGACGCGCAGACGAUAAACAUGUGCGUGACUCAGAAAACAAUAAUCUUUUCGAGCAUCAUAGCAACAUGCUACGAGAUGCAAAUGAACCCAUUGGUUUCGCAGACGACGCACUCAGAACGAGGAAGCAAAAUAUCGGCUCUGGUCUGACCAACAAAAUCGGGUCACCGGAUAUCACCUUCAAUCCCAGGAUUCGAUCUGACUCCAAUGACCUUGACUAUCCCCAAGUAAGGUCACCGGAAAUUGACGUGGUGUCGGAUGAGGGCUGUGACAUGAAGGGAGAAGCUCAAUAAGAGACAAUUGCGGUGUCUUUCUUCAGGUAAUACGUUCUGACCAGACGCUCGUCGACACUCUUACUAAAAACUAAAACAGAAAUACAAUGAAAUAACAUUAUGGUGGAAUGCAACAUGACCUAAAGGAUGUCAGACUGUCAGAUUCGUGAACUAUGCCUUAGGGCGAACUGUAUUUUAUCUUAUUGAGAACAACGGGUUUUCCAUUACUUUUAGUCUACAAUGACGUAGAAGGAUGAUUUUUACGUCGAAAAACGUUUGAUUUGCACAUCUUGUAUUGGAUGAUACUGAUAUACAGAUCUGCAAUCUGCCUCGUGGCUUGUGUACAAACGAUGGUGACCGUGACGUUUGUGAAAAUGGAUUGUUGUUUGUACAAUCAACGUUUCUUAUUGGCUUCAGUUUUAAUGUUUUUCUCAUGUGUCUAGCAACGCGAGACGUAGGGAGGAGAGAGAGAGAGA